AUGCCGCCGUCGAAUGGCACUGCGCCUACGCUCGUGAAUGGAGUUUCACACACAGACUCGAGUUCAGCACCUGCGAUCAACGGAGAUGGGGCACACGACAGCGCGCCGCGACCGACGAAGGAAGACCCUCCGACUUUGGAUCAAUCAUGGCGACAUUCUGCUGCAAACAAGCCCAUGGGCAAAAUCCUCCAACGUCUCGCGAAUCAAUGUCUGAAGGAUCUACGGGACACCGUCACCAGCAUGGCAGAGACUCCUAUCGAUGGCUCAGUCGCGCCUUUGACCAACGGGGCGGUCUCACACCUUGUCGACAAAUCCGAGGCUAGCGUGAACAAAAAGCUGCAAUUUAUGAAAUUCGCGAACAGCCAGCGGGAUCGCUUUAUCAAAAUGCUAGUGUUGGUAGAUUGGAGCAAACGGGAGGAGGAAAUGGCGCGCCUCGUGGAUCUUAAAGUCUGGCAGGAGAAGGAACUCAAUGCUCAUCGAGACGCCAUGCACUCUAUUGGUCUGACCAAGCGUGACAUGUUCGCGGCCAAGAUGCCCAAUCCAAAUAUUGAAGGUGCUCUGGAAUAUUUGUCCACGGGCAGUGCUUCACGACAACCGGAUCUCGGCUAUAUUCCACCGAAACGGCUGACGGCCAAGCAAUUACUCCGAACCCUACAGGAUAUGAACGUCAUUCUUAUCACACGACUCAACUUACACGAAGAUCUUCUUCCUCACUUCAACAACUACGACGUAGCGAACGGACGUGCUACUUUCCACGUUGCAGGCGAAUUUGAGGUCGACUUAUCUGUCGCCGAGGAGGAUCCGGCCAGUCCUUUCUAUUUUAUUGACCUUCGAUUUCUGUUCACGCCACGGGCUCGCACGCUACCAGAAGGAUUGCGCGCGCAAAUCGAAGGUCGCUCAAAUCAAGCGCUGGCUAGCACAGGCUUGCAGGGUUGCUAUGACUUUUUGCACAAUUUUGUCCUGACACACAAGCUGAACACUCUACGACAACAGGCUAUCGAACUUCUGCAUGGCAAAUGGUUUGAUUGCUUGAAAAUCGAGGACUGGAGAAGGGUGCAUCGAAUACUGGUUGUGCAGUACUGGACGGGCCUGGCGGGCAAGAAGAGCUGGAUCGAGCUCGGCAUUAGCACAGGCAGAGGCAAAUGUGCAGCGAUCAACUCGCCUCCGACCCCCACCCUUACGUUAAAAUGGCAUCGAUCAAAGGAUGAGCUGGUCACCGACACUACCGUUGAAGUGGACUGGAGUGUACUCGACUUUGAGAGCAUUAUUCAAGCAGUCGUCGCCAAGCACAUAUCUUGGACACUCGGUCAAAUCCGCGACCAACUUACCGCUUUGGCCGGGACAAAGACGAGGCUGGAGACGAAGCUGUGCACCUCAGACUCUUCGCCUCAAGCUUGUCACCUCUCUUUGUCUUUGCCAGGUCUCCCCGAACCAAUCACCGUCAGCCAAGAGCCAUUCACCGGGCAAUUUGUGUUUGCGCCUCCGACACUCAUUUCUAUGCAAGCGCAACAGCGAUUGAAUUCGGAGACGAACCGGGAGCCAGCAUAUAUCGCGCAAAUGCUUGCUCACGUCAUGGCCAACGACGCCAGGGAGCGGAUGAGCAGAGUCGCGCGACUUUUGGACUGGCGACAAUUGCAACUGGUGAAGCAGGAUCAAAAGACUCUGGUCAAUCACUUCGGGCCCGGUCUACUCGUGGUGCGAGCUUAUCAGUGUCACAAAGCUUGGAGCAAGCCUUGGGCGCUCGCGUUCACGUUCAGUCUUACAGGCGAGAAGUGGUGGAUCAUGCGGCUCGAGGACCGUUCUGAUGCCAAAGGACAGGUACUCGGUCAGGCCAUCGCUUCUGUCCGACACAUCAGCUCUGUAGAACCGCUCGCGAAUCAAUUGUCAUUCUCGCAAGAUCUUCUCCUGAAAGUGGAGCACGCAGCUGUGGCAGAAGUGUCAUAUGCAACCAUUGCGAAGGAUCUCGAGGCAAAGGCAAUUCCCUACAAAUUUCGAAGCAUUCGUGUACUAACAGGUGGAAAUACUAGUCCGCUUGAGAGACUUGCUACAGCAAUCUACGUCCCAGCUUUGCCACUCAUGCAUACAUCAUCCCGCAGCAAAGAAAGGUCUGCGAAACCGGUUGGCCCAGUGAGACUCACUUUUGAUGGAUUCGACGUGACGAGCAUCGAGGGCAGCGACACCAUUGAUGUCAAGCAUGAAAUCCGUUUGCAAAUUGGACCGGCGCAAUUCAAGCAUCUUCAAGAAUACCUCGCAGUGAAGCGAACUCAGCUUCAUGAUUCAAGUGCAAAGCAAAACCAUGAUCAUGCAUCAGUUCACGAGAAUGACAUUGUUAUCAGCGAUGCUGGUGCUAUGUCACUGCGGUCACGUGUUCCGUUCGGUGAGCCGUUCAUCUCGCGCAUCCAAGAUCAUAUGAAGGCCAUCGAACGGAUGAACUUCUACCUCUCAACCUUCUCUAAGCACAAGAUUCAAUGCAAAACAAUGACUCUUUCUCGAGUGCGUUUUACCUACCGUGCCACCGAGGUUCCCCUACAAGCCAUUUUGCUUUUUUCGCCUGAUGGACGUCAGCCUAUCAAGCUGCGACUUGAACCUACCGGAAACAAUCCUCAUCAGCGUAUCCGAGCGCUGCUUGAGCAGAGGACAAACAUG